AUGGAUACAGCAGGAAGGCUUCAGAUAGCCAAAAAUAUGAUGGAUGAAUUGAAAGAUGUGAAGAGAACAUUGAAUCCCACAGACGUUUUGAUUGUUGUGGAUGCGAUGACAGGGCAAGAAGCUGCAGCCUUGGUGACAACUUUCAACCUUGAAAUUGGAAUUAUUGGUGCUAUUCUAACUAAGCUAGAUGGAGAUUCAAGAGGUGGAGCAGCUCUGAGUGUUAAAGAGGUGUCAGGAAAGCCACUUAAGCUUGUGGGACGUGGAGAGAGGAUGGAGGAUCUUGAACCCUUUUAUCCGGAUCGAAUGGUAGGAAGGAUCUUGGGCAUGGGAGAUGUUCUCUCAUUUGUGGAGAAAGCAUAG